UUUAACUUCCGGUGUGUCGAAGGUCGCAACAGACAGAAGCAAGAUGGCGUCGCUGAGUGACAAGUCAGUUUGGGACGAAGUGGAAGAUGGAAUCGGCGAAGAAGUGUUAAAAAUGUCCACAGAGGAGAUAGUUCAGCGAACUCGCCUCCUCGACAGUGAGAUAAAGAUCAUGAAAAGCGAGGUACUGAGGGUGACCCACGAAUUGCAAGCUAUGAAGGAUAAAAUCAAAGAAAAUACGGAGAAGAUAAAAGUGAACAAAACUCUGCCCUACUUGGUGUCUAAUGUCAUCGAGCUGCUGGAUGUGGACCCCAACGACCAGGAGGAGGACGGUGCUAAUGUGGACCUGGAUUCGCAGCGAAAAGGAAAAUGCGCCGUCAUCAAGACAUCCACCCGGCAGACUUACUUCCUGCCGGUGAUUGGGCUGGUGGACGCCGAGAAGCUGAAGCCUGGAGACCUGGUUGGUGUCAACAAGGACUCCUACCUGAUCCUGGAGACCUUGCCUACCGAGUAUGACUCUAGGGUCAAGGCCAUGGAGGUGGACGAGCGCCCCACAGAGCAGUACAGUGACAUCGGCGGGCUGGACAAGCAGAUCCAGGAGCUGGUGGAGGCCAUCGUCCUGCCAAUGAAUCACAAGGAAAAAUUUGAGAACCUCGGCAUCCAGCCACCCAAAGGGGUCCUCAUGUAUGGACCACCUGGAACAGGGAAGACGCUUCUUGCCAGGGCCUGUGCAGCUCAGACAAAAGCCACUUUUCUUAAAUUGGCUGGUCCACAGUUGGUGCAGAUGUUCAUUGGAGACGGAGCCAAGCUGGUGAGAGACGCCUUCGCGCUGGCCAAGGAGAAAGCCCCCUCCAUCAUCUUCAUUGACGAACUGGACGCCAUCGGUACCAAGAGAUUUGACAGCGAGAAGGCAGGAGACCGAGAGGUGCAGAGGACCAUGCUGGAGCUCCUCAACCAGCUGGAUGGCUUUCAACCCAACAUGCAAGUCAAGGUGAUUGCAGCCACCAACAGAGUGGACAUCUUGGACCCAGCGCUGCUGCGUUCAGGUCGUCUGGACAGGAAGAUCGAGUUCCCGAUGCCAAAUGAAGAGGCCAGAGCUCGCAUAAUGCAGAUUCACUCGCGCAAGAUGAACGUCAGUCCCGAUGUUAACUACGAAGAGCUGGCGCGCUGCACCGACGACUUCAACGGCGCACAGUGCAAAGCCGUGUGCGUGGAGGCGGGUAUGAUCGCACUGAGGCGCGGCGCCACGGAGCUGAACCACGAGGAUUACAUGGAGGGAAUCCUAGAGGUGCAGGCCAAGAAGAAGGCCAACCUGCAGUACUACGCCUAAGGACACUGUAGGUUCAUGCUUAUGUGUGAUUUAUGGAAAUAGUUGUAGCUUUCAAAACACUUGUUACAGCCUUCUUUAUCUUCAUUUAAUAAAAAUAAAUUACAGCCAUGUUUAGCAUAUUUUAUUU